AAAGGGAUGUAUCUUAAUAACAUGUUUUUUUUAUUUGUCUAAUUUGCAACAACGCGCUAUAGUAAUACUUUUGAAUCGAAUCAUAGUUUGAAUGUACUAAUUCGCAUACUAAAUACUUUAUUUUUCUGCCCCUUUGCACUUGACCAUCAAGAAGUUUUGAUAACUUCCGGGCCAAGUCAUGUGUGCACUGCGCAAACCGUAUGACAUUGAAGUAUCGCGAGAUCAACUCGAAAGCGCAGAUUUGAGAUAGGGACACGAUGAUCCCAUUAAAACGCAGGAAAGUAACGUUAUCUGAAACUGUAGAGCAGCCAAAGCAAACCUGUAAGUUUCCUCAUGUUUGUGUUUUCAUCCUGGAGAGGAAGAUGGGAUCAAGCAGACGAGCAUUUCUCACGAGACUAGGACGAAGCAAAGGAUUUCUCAUUACAGACACGUACAGUUUGUCCGUCACACAUGUUGUGUCAGAAAACAACAGCGGAGAUGAAGUUCAGACCUGGCUGGAGCACCAAACCGCACGAGACGUUUCCAGUUCAGAGCAUCUUCUGGACAUCACCUGGUUUACAGAGAGCAUGGAAGCUCGACAACCAGUUCCAGUCGAGGACAGACACAGAUUAAAGGUUUCCACAAAGCAAAAUGUGAACGUCAAUACAAUUCAGAUGAAAAGUUACGCCUGUCAGAGACGAACACCCUUGAAACACCACAAUUCACAUCUGACGGAUGCUCUGGAACUUCUGGCUGAAAAUGCAGGAUACAGUGAGAAUGAGGGCAGGAGUGUGGCGUUCCGACGGGCGGCAUCAGUUUUAAAGGCACUUCCCCAUCGAGUGCAGACUAUGGAUGAGCUGAAGUGUUUGCCCUGCCUGGGUGACCAUUCACAGAGAGUUAUAAAGGAGAUCUUAGAAGACGGCACAUCGAGGGAAGUUGAAUCGAUGCGACAGUCUGAGCAAUUUCAGGCCAUGAAGGCACUGACAGGGAUUUUCGGGGUAGGUGUUAGAACGGCAGAUCGCUGGUUUAGGGAGGGUUUGCGUUGUCCGUCAGAUUUGAUCCGUACGGGACAGCAGUUGAACCGUGAGCAGCAAGCGGGAGUGCAGUAUUACGAUGAGCUCAACAAACCUGUGACUAAACAUGAGGCGGAUCUGAUCGGUCAUAUCGUGAAGGAAGGCGUCGGUGCGGUGCUGCCCGGGGCAGAGAUUCAGCUGAUGGGAGGAUUCAGGAGGGGGAAAGAACUCGGUCAUGAUGUGGACUUUCUAAUCACGCAUCCAGAGGAAGGCAAAGAGGAAGAACUUAUGCCAAAAAUCAUCAGCUGGUUGGAGGAACGGGAUUUACUUUUAUAUCAGAAAACCACCAGAAACUCUUAUUUAGAAAAGAAAGACGCCCCAGGAAGGCCACCUAAUAACAUGGAUCGCUUCGAGAGAUGCUUUUCUAUAUUUAAGCUUCAGAGACACGCAGAAACCACAGGAAGUGACGGCGUAAAACCCAGCGACCAAUCGGAGGCCUCAAACUGGAGAGCCGUGCGAGUUGAUCUGGUGGUCAGUCCUUACAGUCAGUUUGCCUUCGCUACUCUUGGUUGGACGGGAUCAAAGUUGUUUGAGAGAGAGUUGAGACGGUGGGCGGGGCAAGAGAAGCACAUGUCAUUGAGCAGCCACGCCCUAUACGACAGCGUUCAGGUGAGUAACAGAAAUACUCAACAUCCACUAUUAAUUCUAUAUAACUGUACAUUUAUGUUAUUUAUACAUGAAAAACAUCUAGGUUUAAUAUAAAUGAUUGUAUAUUGAUUAUAAAAUGCACAGAUUUGAUUUUUUUUCCACAGAGGAAAUCAAUAGUUUAAGAUUUAUUAUUGUUUUCUGUCAUCACUUUUGGACACUUUUUAGUUUUAUUAGUAUUUUUAAAUUAGCUUUAUUUUUGGGUUCAUUUUAGGUACAGUUUUAGCUAUUUUUUAUAAGCUUUUGUCAGUUAAUAAUGAAUUUGUUUAUUUUUUAUGUUGCUAUAUAAGAUUCAUAUAUUUUUAUUUUAGUUAUAUAUUUAUUUUAGUUUUCGUUUAUUAUAGGGCAGUCAAACGAUUAAUGGCAUCCAGAAUAAAGGUUUGUGUUUAAAUAAUAAUAUAUAUCUGUGUACUGUCCAUAUUAAUUUAAAUGUACACAUAUAUUUUGGAAAUAUUUAAAUUUAUUGAUUUAUAUUUACCAGUAAUUGAAUUUCUAAAUAAAAGUUUAUUAAUUGUUAUAUUUAUAUUUUUCUUAAAUAUAUUCAUUUAUGUUUAUGUGUACAAAAUGAAUAUGCACAGUACACAUACGUAUUAUGUUAACACAAACUUUAUUCUGGAUGCGAUUUGUCACGAUUCAUCGUUUGCCCUAGUUUAUUAUUAUAAUUUUAGUGCUUUAAAUUUAAUUCAGUUUAUUUUUAAGAUAACAUUUACAUUUUUAAUUAAGUUUAAGUUUAUCCAAUAAUCUUAAGGACAAUAUUUGAUUUGAAUUCACUGAACAGAAACGUUUUGUAAACUGAAAUAUUCUUGGGUGAAAGCUUCUAUGAAAUGCAUGAAUGUAAAUACAUACAGUCAUUCUCUCAAUGUCUCUCUAUCUUGUGUAAAAUCAUACAGAGGUGUUAUGUCAGAGCUCAGUCGGAGGAGGAGAUCUUUGCAUAUCUGGGUCUGGAGUUUAUUCCUCCCUGUGAACGCAAUGCAUGAAUCUAGAGAUGAGCCUGUGUGUAGACUCUUAAUUUCUGCUCUCAAACCGCCUGAUCAGAUCAUGUGUCCUUCAUAAACCUGUGUAGUAAGUAACGGAACAAGACAAAGCAAAGAUCAGAUGUCGGACACUCUUUUAAUGCACAUGAUCUGAUCAGGAUUCUUCAGCAUCUUCAUGUCCGGUGCUUUAAUGACUUUGUAUGAGGUUUUAUCCCUUUUGCAGGUAAAACUUCAAGCGAGAUAAAAAAGAGAUAAAUUCUUUACCUUUUUUCAAAACCUGAUUAUUACCUGAUAAGGACUGAAACCCUUUCAGAAUAAACAUGUUUGUAAAUGAAAUUCUUUGUUUGUUUGUAUUUAUAUGCGCCGUAUAAAGCUGUUGAAAAAUAGCUGUAAAAAUCUCAUUCUGUUCUCACUGGCACAUCUUUGUUUUGUCUAACAACUAUUUUAUUGUAAUUUAUGCAACACACAGAAGUGAUUACCUCAUGUAUACAAAAUCUAAAUAAAGAUACAUCCACCAAAACUAGACGUUUCAAUUUAUCUGAACACAUGACAUGUACAUGAAGACCAACAUGUGAGUAUUACGGGGUGGUUUCCCGAACAGUGUUUUAGUCUCAGACUAAAGUACAUUUUAGAGCUGUCUUAACUGAAAACUGCUUUCACUUACAUAUCUUUAAAUAUAUCAGUGCCAUUGUUUUGUCUCAAGAUGCACAUUAUUUAUGU